CAGGCAUCUCACGCAAGCCACCGGAAUACGCUACGCUACGCGCAUCUUUCUGUACGGCGUGUUUGAAGCCAGAGGAGGCAGCAGGAGCUUCUGUAGAUAUGUCACGCACGAUUCGGAGCAAUGCGCUCGAGAAGCUUGCUCGCCUGUCGGCGCAGUCACCAUCGACUGCUACUACCACUGCAGACUACUUGAAGAUUUUCAAGAGGUGUCCAAAUGCAUCCGCAGCGUAUGUCGGCUCUAAAGCUGAGGAUUAUGGCAUCUCAAAGACGUCGAAUCCCAUGAAACUACAGGAGCUGGAGGCAAUUCUAGCCUUAUGCAAAGCUGCGCCAUACGUCGAGUCAACAGAAGUCGCGGAAAAGCUCCUGGCCCGCCUGGCACCCUACCUUGCCGAAUCAUACGCCCAAGUCCUCUCGCCUUCGCCGAACCUCCGCACAUAUGAGCCCUCGCCGUACGAACAUCUUACCUAUAACCUCACGGCUGCGGUCCUUUCGCUUGGCGUCCAACAUAGCGGACUACGAACACAGGCUUCCGCUGCACUCGAGCGCUAUUUAAGCGGGUGGGCCGCCGCAGCUAUCGAGCUGUCAGCGGAUCAAUUUGACGAUGACGAGACGGAAGACUUUACUCCAAACGGGGAGCUUGCGCGGAUAAUGGCACAGAGCCUCUCACUCCUGGGCUUUCUGGGGGCUGCUGCCGAGCAUGCAAGGUUCUGGAAUGCGUAUGAGAGGCUUCAAUUCGUCGAAGAUGUGCGGGCUGCGCUGUCAGAGACGUACCUCAUCGCGUUUGAGACCGCACUGUCGAUUGUGCGUAAUACCCGCUCGCAUCAACACGGAUUGAGGGAGUGGAAGCGCUAUACAAGGCACUAUGCGGCUACCGGGCGACCGCUAGGGGCCAUGAUUCUUCAUGACUCGUUUUUGAAGAUUGUGGUUGCUUCCGCUGCGCUUCUUGUGGGAACCAGCCCGGAUCAUAAAAGCGAAGAUUCCGUUUUGGAUCACUUGCGGUCAUCUUUGAAUAGCAAGAGCAACAAGAUACUCAGAGACUUGUCCGAGGAUUCGCUUGCAGAAGGACUAACAAGAAUCGCCAUGGAGGAGAUGGAGCGUUUGGAGAACGAUCUCGAUUACUUGCAAAGAGUUGGUUCCGCCUGGCAGCAACGACAGGCCUCUUCAGUCAAAGCAAAGGUUCUCGUCACCUACUUGUGUUGCACUACCUAUGAUGCCGAGAUCGCAGAUGCGGAAACUUUGACGGUUUGGCUUGACAACGUGCUCAACGACCCAGUGCAGAGUUCGGAUCACGAUUUGGCAUCGGCAGUCUUAAAGUCAAUGGCUAUUUUAGCCGAAGUGUCCCCUCAGGUGGCAUCUACUUUAGGACGUUCACUUCCGCGAGUUAUUGUUCAAGGCAACUUUGAUCAUCGAACAACGUCAGUGGCAGCCGAGUCACUUGCUACGGUCCUUAGCCUGCUCCCUCAAGACGCUAUUAUCACAACACUUUACACCCUCGGAAACAUCAUAAGUGCAGGCCCAGUCCCCGAUCGAAAUGCCGCAUCACCGACAACGAAUGGUACUAGUAAAACUCCACGUACAGGUGGGGUUUAUAACCAUCAAGAUGGAAGUGCUAUCUCACUUACGCCGAGUGACGUCGAAGAACCACACCAUGUGCAUACGACGGUUGUAGAAACAGUCGUCUCCGUUGCUAGAAACUGCAACGAUGCGAAAAUCACGGCACUCGCGUUGUCAAUGCUCAUUCAGAAGAUUGGUCGGUCUAGCAAAGCGGUCGACGCGAAGAUUGUAACCGAUUCGGCGUUCUUGUCCUUCCACAGCCCGCCUACAGAAUUCAGGUCAUUGCUCAAGAUAUACGCCAAGCUAUGCCAUGACGCUCUUGUCAAUGAUGAUACGGUCACUUUGGAGGCUGUAAUGAACGCACGCCUAAUCAUAUCAAGGGAAGUUUCUGCAGAGGGACCUGCUCUCGAGAUCUACCUUACCCAUUUGCUGGAUACGAUUAUCAGUAAAGGAGAUGCCCAAGAGACGUCGCAUCGCCACCUUCGAGAGACUGAACUGAAUGCUCAAGAGAUAGCCCAGCUACUGAAACCUCUUGCUGUGCUUCUCGCGCGAAAUGUCAAUCGUGCAGAGUUUUCAGAGCUUGACGACUCCAUAAUCAGCCUACAACGCGAUGCCUGGUUCAACAUAGUCGUUCAUGGCUUCGACUUGUCGUCCGAUCUCGGAAGUCAAUAUAGAGAAGAACUUCGAACAUUAGCUCGAUUCAGUAAAUCUUUGAUUGCUGAAGAACGGCCGUCUCUAUCGGAGAGCGACAUAGAACUUAACACGGUCUUACGUCGCGGAAAGUCGCCUGAGCACACGAUUGAGCAGAAGCGGCGUCUCGCCAAGUUGCUUCCCUCAUGCGAAGCCGACACCAAAUCGCUCAGCUACCAGGAAGCAGUUUUCUUAAGCACCGCAUAUGUGGUGGAAGACUUGCGAGCGAGUACGGGUGACUGCACCAAAGCACUUGCGUAUUUCUUAGACCCGAAACUUCGAAGCGGCGCUGUAGGCAACUGCAUGGCCGCGAUCACCACGUCAGCAGUCAGGACCUAUCUGUCCAAGACGCUUUCGGGCCAAUCGCAUUCUUUCUCGACGCCAUACCUCGCGCAACAGCUGGCGACUAUUUUCUCCGCUUGUUGUCACCGUAUUGCUCGAGUUCAGCAAGCGGCAGCUUCAUGUGCGGAUCUCAUUGUCCGUGAAGUGCCAUCGACGCUGUGCCAGAAGAGCGCACUCUUUGCUCUCCUAGAGCUCCUGUCGAUGAUGUGGUACAGUUGCCUCGAAGGCGAAACUGAUGAGUAUGCCUGGAAGUCCACCUUCACUUCAAAAAGGUCCAAUAUCGUGAUCGAACUAUCCGAUGACUACAACUUUCGCCGAGCGACUCUGGACGCUCUUCAUAAGCGCGCUACGACUUGGGUCAAGAGCGUCCUGGAUAUCGCUCCUCUUGAUGUUAAAGGCCUUCUUCAGACCUACCUAUCAGAGUUUGACGACGAAGCAUCUUUCGGCCAUAUCUCCCUGGGUCGGUCCUUCGCUCUGGAAAUGGGGUCCGUUAUCCCGUCUACGGACCAACGUCUAGGUGCCGUCGAACGCCAAGGCAUCAAUAUCAACUCCGCGUCCGACUUCAUCACGCAAUACACCACGAGACAGGAAUACAAGUUCCUCGACGGUGUCGUGGAUCAAGAAGAAGAGUGGCUGAAAGGUGGUCCAGCUUCGCAGCACAUGCCAGCUUACCUCUCGCGCAGCUUACAGGACGCUACUAACCUUCUGAUCGACUUGGAGAAUCGAACUCUGAAUCACAAGCACGUUACAAUUGCGGAAUUGCGCGACAUACUACGGAGAGCAGCUGCCCUGUUGUGCAGGGUGAAGACGGAUCAGUCACCUAUCGUUCAGCACCUGGUUGGGAUCCCAUUCGCGGUGUUCUCCAAGCAAUCCAUAAAGCUCGGUAUCUCGUUGUGGACCAGUGUCACUAAAGAAAACCCUCGCAUGGAGUCUCGGAUCUUGGUUGCCAUUGCUGAGAAUUGGGAGAACACGGUGCGCAAGCGACGUGGUAUCUUCAGCCCCGCUUUACGACACCCAGAUCCUUUCUACGGCAAACAAGAAUUUGCUGCUACGGACAAGGAAGCCCUUUCCAAACGACAGCAGCAGAUUUACAAUCUUAUUGCACCUCACUUCCGGCUUCUUCAAUUUCUGUCCAGCCAUUUCAGUGCCUCUCGAUUGAGCAAGUCAGAUGUCGGGCGUGUUUAUGUACGACUGAUACACAUCACGCUCGAUGCCAUGAGUGUUGGCUGUUCCCAACCAUUAGCUCGGGAAGCGUACUUCCACAUCAUCUUGUUGGGACUGCGGAUCUCUCAUCACUGCACCACUCUCUCGUCAACUAUCCGAUGGCGUCUGACGGACCGCAUCUUGACCGCUGCGCUGGCGUGGUUUGCCAAAGCUCCACAGUUCUCAUUCGGAGGCAAUCGACUACAGAUCAAGGCAGAGACCCAUAUCCUUGCGGAUGUACAAACGCAGCUGGAACUUAUCGGAAAGGUUACUACUUCAGCAGAGAUUGGCUCAAAGUUGAAAGCAAAGCAGGAUCUCCUGUCUCUACUGAUUGCUAAUGAGCACACGCGUCUCAUAGUCUGGUUAUAUCCUCUGGACUUUGGCAAGAAGCACCACUUUACAUCUGGACCUAAUAAGAACUUGCUGCCUGACGCCGCUGUAACAGCUUAUCUCAAGACCGCUUGGGCAGAGAAUCCGGCAAUUGCCGUGCAUCUUAUCAAGCGCUUCCAGUCGCAGCGACUAAACACCGAAGUCCGUUGGCAGGUGCUCAACUUUCCUCACAAGGUUUUGGAAGAACCGGAUGCUCUUGAGGUGCUACUUGGUAAUCAACUGCCGGGUGAUGUAUCCUUCCAGCUCAAGUACCUGCUGUACUGGGCUCCUCUUAACCCAAUCACCGCCGUGACAUUAUUCCUGCCAGCGUACCGCAAUCAUCCUUUCAUCAUUCAGUAUGCGAUGAGAGCACUUGAGAGCCACUCGGUAGAUGUGAUGUUCUUCUAUGUCUAUCAGAUUGUGCAGACGCUUCGAUAUGAUUUCCUCGGCUACGUUGAGAGAUAUAUCAUUGAGACGGCGGAGUUCUCGCAACUGUUCGCCCACCAGAUCAUCUGGAAUAUGAAAGCGAAUGCUUACAAGGACGAGACUUCUGAGACACCGGACGCCGUGAAACCGACACUCGACAAAGUUAUGGCAAGUCUUGAGUCUAGCUUCUCAGUGGAGGACAGAGAAUUCUACGAGCGCGAAUUUGCCUUCUUCAAUGAAGUCACUGGCAUCUCCGGUACGCUUCGCUCGGUCCUACACGAGCCGAAAGAAGUCAAGAAGCAGAAGAUUGAGGAAGAGCUGCGCAAGAUUCAGGUCGAGGUCGGCGUCUAUCUGCCCAGUAACCCUGACGGUCAAGUCAUCGGCAUCGAUCGGAAGUCUGGCAAGCCACUACAGAGUCACGCCAAAACGCCCUUCAUGGCGACCUUCCGCAUACGCAAAACGAAGCCCGACACAGGCCUCGAGGAGAUUGAAGAAGACGACCGUGCAGUCACUAAGAAAGACAACACGUACGAAACCUGGCUCUCGGCCAUUUUCAAAGUCGGCGACGAUUGCCGCCAAGACGUGCUCGCCCUCCAAAUGAUCGCCGCUUUCCGCGGCAUCUUCAACACAGUCGGUCUCGACGUCUGGGUCUUCCCAUACCGCGUCACAGCGACAGCACCCGGUUGCGGUGUCAUCGAUGUCCUACCCAACUCCAUAUCGCGUGACAUGCUUGGCCGCGAAGCCGUCAAUCGUCUCGAUGACUAUUUCAUUAGCCGCUAUGGCAACGAAGAUUCCAUCCGCUACCAGGAAGCGCGCAGCAACUUUGUUAAAAGUAUGGCUGCGUAUAGCGUGAUAAGCUUCCUGCUCCAGUUCAAGGAUAGGCACAAUGGCAACAUCAUGAUCAACGACACCGGCCACAUCAUCCACAUCGACUUCGGAUUCUGCUUCGACAUCGCCCCCGGCGGCAUUAAAUUUGAGCGGGCGCCCUUCAAGCUCACGGCCGAGAUGAUCGCCGUCAUGUCUGGCAAGAAUGCAGCGCAACCGUAUAAUACGCAGGCAUACCGCUGGUUCGAAGAACUUACCAUCAAGGCGUUCCUGGCCGCUAGACAGCACUGCGAGCACCUUGUACAUAUCGUGGAGGUCAUGCUGGAUAGUGGGUUGCCGUGCUUCAAGCCUGAGACGAUCAAGAACUUCAGGGAUAGGUUUGUGCUGGAGAAGACGGAGAGGGAGGCUGCAGACUACAUGAAGGCGUUGAUUGAGAAGAGUAGGAGCAGUUACUCGACUGGAACGUAUGAUCGGUUCCAGUUGAUUACGAAUGGAAUUCCGUACUAGAAGGCAGGGUGGUGAUGGGUUGGAGAUGGAAGCGGGUAGGACUAGAGGACAGAAUCCACAUCUUUAUAAAGGCUACUUGUCCUGUUAGGCGCUAACUAUGUGUAAAGGGCCUGCAUUCUAGCCUGAUUUCUCGGAGCAGCAACUGUUAUACUUUGUAUCCCAUUCUACGCUUACCAAGUCUUCAAUUGUAUUACAAUCCAGCUCCAUACAAUGCUCGCUUCCCAAAUAGCCUUCUUUGACGCCCAUUUCUGCUUCUUGUCGCUCGUAGCCCUC